GGUUCAUGGUUCACGAGUACGUCGUUGUUUGAUAGAUGGAAUAAUUUGGAGACAGAGAGAGCGCCUCGUGAAUGACCUGGAAAGAGCUUAUCUCCUUUCUUAGUUAGUGUAGCACCAGACGUGGUGACUUGCUUGAGCCAGCCUGGGCGAGCGUGAAUUAACGAGUGGACAAACGAAUGCUCGAACUGGCUGGCGCUGGAAACCAUGGUAGUCAAAGUCAACUAGCUUCUUCUACCAAUAUGCUACCAACCUUCCAUUCGUGUAGCUAUCUAGCUAUCUAUCGUUCGUGUUCUUGUCAAACUGGAUAAGGAGGAAAUAAGAAAGCCGAGGCUGUGAGCUGCGCUAGGUCUGAAGAGUCAGGAGAUUUAGCUGUCGGUCCCCCGGCUGUGUUGUGCGAUUGCUCCAAGGAGAAGCCAUUGCACGGACUGCUCUACCUCCUCUCCCACUCCCAGCCAGAGCAGAAAGAGAGAGCCCAGCCUCCAUUAGCGACAGUCUGGCUGGCAUAGCCGCUGGUACACGUCCAGGCACUCCAUGUCCACUAUGUUAUGCUGCCGAUGGUUUAUUCCUCCAAUUACAAUCUAAUCUGAUGUGGAUUUAAUAUGGUUCUCCAUAUGAUUGGAACUAUCUAGCUACGAGUUUCUUGGAUGAAAUAUCCGUAUGAUCAGUUUGACUUCUUUUUAAAACGUAUUCUGAGUCUGAUGUGGCGCUGUAAGCAGAACUGUUUUGGAUGUUAUGCUGUCAGCCAAGGCUCUGAAGUCAGGUAUGUCAUUGGGGCUUCACCAUAAAAUGGAGGAAGGCAGAUGAGUCUCAGAGGAGAGCCUGGAGUCAGACAGGAGCCUUCACGGAAGAACAAAGGUUUCCCUGAUUUUCCAGGGAGUCCUCAGCGAUGGAGGUGCUACAGUGCGAUGGCUGUGACUUCCGUGCUGAGUCAUAUGACGACCUCAAGGCCCACAUCCAGGAUGUCCACACAGCCUUCCUGCAGCCCACGGACGUCGGAGACGGAGAGGGGGGCGGGAGUCCCUGCCAGUCCAGGUCAGACUCUCUUAACUCCCCCAGCCAGACAGAGGGGGAGGAGGAGGAUGAGCAGAAUGAAUCUCCCCAAACUGAAACGGGCCACUGCUUCGAAACAGACUUUUCCAGCUCGAACCAAAUGCCAUACAACAAGUCAACAAACCAGUCCAACAAGUCAGCAAACCAGUUAUUCCAGUGUAAGAUCUGUGUCCGUUACUUUAGAUCCAAAUCUCUCUUGAGUAAACACACCAAGAAGGUACAUGGAGCCACACUAAGUGGUGGGAGCUCACCAGCCUCCCAGGCGUCCAAACAGUCCAACUACAACAUCCUUAUCCAUGAUAGUCUUGGGAAAGUGUUCUCCUGCCAGUAUUGUACAUACAAGUCUCCACGCAAAGCCAGGAUCCUGAAACACCAAAAGAUGUAUCAUAAAGGGAAACUUCAUCUGGACCCCCCAGAAUCUCCGUCUGAGGCUGUUGAAGAAUCUGAGGCAUUGUCGUCUGAGGAACCCAGUGAGGAACUAGAAGAGGAUGUGGUGGACCGUGGCAUCUUGGAGUCCAUGGUUAAACCUCUGGGAAAGUCCAGGGGGAACCAGGUUCUUCGUGGUGAAUGGUGUGAUAACAUGAUGAAAAACAACAACAUGGCGAAAAGGAUCUCAGCCAUCCACCCAGGUGGAGAAGGAGAGGGAAGCGCAGGCUCUUCUAAAUCGGAUUCCCCCUCUUCCCCAAGAAGCCCUCCUAACUCUAAUAUGGUUUCCAAUGACCAGAGUGUUAAUGAAGGCUCCUCAGUAGCCAACUGCUCAGUUUUCAAGCUCAGCAAGACCGCCUCUGGGAUAUCACCCUAUCAGUAUUCACAGAUCCAAUCGGUAGCGCCCAACAGCACAGGAUCCUCCAUUUUGUCUGAAAGGUCCACCUUCGUGAUGUCUGAUGUCUCCAACUCUGCCAUAGAGAUGGAUUCAGGCAUGCUGGAUGACCCUAGGAGCACCUCUGAAGACGACGACGAACUGGGUGACGAGGAUGACCCCAAAUACACCGACCCGUUGUCAGCCGGUGAUUCUGCUAAGCAGCUUCUGUCUGAGGAGGAUAACAAGAUGCUGGAGACUAAAGGGAUACCGUUCAGAAGGUACAUGAACAGGUUCCAAUGUCCCUUCUGCUCUUUCCUCACCAUGCAUCGUAGAAGCAUCUCCCGUCACAUCGAAAACAUACACCUGUCUGGUAAGACUACAGUGUACAAGUGUGACGUGUGCCCCUUCAUCUGCACCAGCCCUCUCAAGUUAGGCACGCACAAGCAAAGCCACUCCUCAGACUGGGACACCAUGGACUUGACCAGUGAAAGCCCAGGUCCUCAGAACGAGACUCCAGAACCAGUGAACGGAGGAAAUGUUGCUGCUUCCAAAGUCAAUGGGAAAAAGCUAAACAGUGUGCUAAAUGACCUUAAUCAGCAGAACCCUCACCGUUGUACUCUUUGUAGCUUCUCGACCACCACCCUGAAAGGUCUGAGGGUCCACCAGCAACACAAACACUCCUACUGUGACGAAAUGCAAGCUGUCGUUCUGGAGGAGUCAUCAAAUGAGCAGCAGGACACUGAAUUAGAAACUCUCUCCAAUUCUCAGAGCUUUGUACAAAAAACCCAGACUUCGAUUCUUGGACUUGGAUCCAAAAAGCACUUAACUGGGAAAACAGCAAGAAAGUCCAUCAACGACCUACCUUUGGAUCUGUCUCCAGUCAAAAAGAGAACUAGGAUUGAUGAAAUCGCCAACAACCUUCAGAGUAAGAUCAGUCAACAACAGGAGGAUCUGGUGAUUAAUCUGGAAGAAAUUGAUGAUGAAGAGGAAGGAGAGCUCAACAUUGAUGAAGAUGCGGGCAGAGACAAGGAGGAGAAUGACAGCGAUAGUAAAAAUCAUGGCUACGUUUACAACAAGCUUUACGAAGGCCGGGUGGGGAAAAGAAAAAGAACCCUUACGUCAAAGCUAAGAAACAUUCCCAUUGCGCUGACACUCUCUGAGGAUGAGGACAACGACUCUGCUGAUCCUAAAGCUGAUUUCCAGGACCAGAGCAGCCAAGACAGCCGGGACACUUCUUUCCAUGAGAACCUGGACUAUUCAGAGGUCUCUGGGGUCGCACGCUUCUAUUGCAAGCACUGUGACUACCACAACAAGUCAGCCCGCAGUGUAAGCACCCACUACCAGAGAAUGCACCCUUAUAUCAAGUUUAGCUUUAGAUACAUCCUCGACCCCGAGGAUCAGAGCGCAGUCUUCCGUUGCCUGGAGUGCUUCAUCGAAUACACCAACUUCAACGAUCUUCACGAUCACUACAUGGAUCACCACCCAGAAGCCAGCAAUGUGCUGAACUUCAACCAGCCAGAUCUGGUGUACAUGUGCCGCUUCUGUUCGUACACAAGUCCAAACGUCAGGAGCUUGAUGCCCCAUUACCAAAGAAUGCACCCUGAAGUUAAAAUAAACAACGCUAUGAUCUUCUCAAGCUAUGUGGUGGAACAGCAACACAAGGGUGCAGAAUCUCAAACUCUGAGAGAAAUAUUAAACUCCGGUCCCAAGAGUUUCACCUGUAGCUCUUCCACUUCCACGCCCAAGUCCUCAUCCAGUCCUGCCCACAAAAAUGCUGCAAAGACGCAAGAUACAACUGCAGAGACGGAAGCCCUGAAAGAGGGUGGUAACGUUGUGGUGUAUGACUGUGAAGUGUGCUCCUUUGCUAGCCCUAACAUGCACUCUGUUCUAGUUCACUAUCAGAAGAAGCACCCAGAGCAGAAGGCCUCGUAUUUCCGCAUUCAGAAAACUAUGAGGGUUAUCACAGUUGAUAGGCCACUGUCAGCAGGCAGCUCUUCCUACAAUGUCAACAUACCCACCCCUGUGAAGUCAUCCAGCGCCACAAUGCCAUUUGGUACGGAUGAGGAGAUCUACUACUGUAAACAUUGUGUUUACAGCAACCGCUCUGUUGUGGGUGUUCUUGUCCAUUAUCAAAAGAGACAUCCAGAAAUAAAAGUGACAGCGAAAUACAUCAAGCAUGCCACUCCCACCCCUGGGUUGAUGAAACUAAUGGAUGAGCUACAGAUUGCACCUCCAAAGCAGUUCCUCAAACAGUUCAACAACAACGGAUUCGAUGGAUCCAGUAAUUCCCACGGUAGGGUUGGCACAGAGAAGGGAGAAGCAGAGAUGCUCUUCUUCUGUCAGCACUGUGACUAUGGGAACCGCACUGUAAAAGGAGUGCUGAUUCACUACCAAAAGAAGCACAGGGACGCAAAGUCGAAUGCUGACCUUGUACGCCGGCACACUGCAGUGGUCCGCAGUCAACGAGAACGAGCUCAGAUGGGCCAGUCAGGCACUGCAGCCUCUGCCAUUGCUCCUGCUGCUCCUGCUGAGAUAGAGACGUCCUCCGAAACCCUUCGCUCUUUGAAGUGCAGGCACUGCUCUUAUACAUCUCCAUACGUGUAUGCCUUGAAGAAGCACCUGAAGAAGGAUCAUCCUACUGUGAAGGCCACAGCCAUGACCAUUUUACACUGGGCGUACCAAGAUGGCAUCCUGGAGGCUGGUUACCACUGUGAGUGGUGCAUCUAUUCCCACGGAGAACCCAACGGGCUGCUCUUGCAUUACCAAAGACGGCACCCAGAGCACAACGUUGACUACACAUACAUGGCCAGCAAGCUGUGGGCAGGGCCUGAUACUACUGCCUCCCAGCCGGGAGGGAACGCUGGGGACACUAAGCACUACCAAUGCAGAGAUUGUGCCUUCGAGGCUUGUUCCAUCUGGGAUAUCACCAACCACUACCAAGCUGUCCACCCCUGGGCUGUCAAAGGGGAUGAGUCUGUGCUACUGGACAUCAUCAAAGGUCAAAGGUCCCAAGUGACACUCCACCCGUCGAUGGCUAAAGGACCACCUUUCACUUUUCUUCCGACUGAGCACGAUGAAGGCUCACAGGAUAUCCCUACGCCACCUCAAGAACACCUCCAACACCAUCCCAGGCUCUCCCACACAAGCAGCUCUAUCUCAAACAGCCCGUACCAGUGCACUGUAUGUCUGUCUGAGUAUAACAGCCUACAUGGACUUCUGACACACUAUGGCAAGAAACACCCAGGCAUGAAAGUCAAGGCGGCUGACUUCGCACAGGAAGCUGAUAUCAAUCCAAGUUCGGUUUACAAGUGCCGCCACUGUCCGUAUGUGAACUCACGCAUCCAUGGAGUUCUCACUCAUUACCAGAAGAGGCAUCCGUUGGUGAAGGUCACCGCGGAGGACUUCUCAGAUGAUAUAGAGCAGGUUAAAGAUAUAACUGAAGUGGAUGACAAGUGCAAAACCCAAAGACAGGGCUAUGGUGCGUACAGGUGCAAAAUGUGCCCUUACACUCAUGGGACAUUGGAGAAACUGAAAAUUCACUACGAGAAAUAUCACAAUCAGCCAGCUUCAGAUAUGUUCAAGACUCCCCACAUGCAAUAUUCCACAGUGAAAGAUGAGCCGGUGGCUGAAUGCAGUGCCACGAGUCUAUCGUCAGAGGUACAAGAGGUCAGCGAAUUCGAACUCGCUCUCACCCAGUUCCCCAUCAACAAAGGAGAGGCCCAUGCUGUGUUUAGGUGUCAGCUCUGCAAGUACUUCUGCUCGACCAGAAAAGGCAUAGCUCGACACUACCGCAUCAAACACAACAAUGUCAGAGCUCAGCCGGAAGGCAAGAACAAUGUCUUCAAGUGUGCUCUCUGUUCGUACACCAAUCCCAUUCGCAAAGGCCUGGCGGCUCACUAUCAGAAGCGUCAUGACAUUGAUGCCUACUACACACAUUGCCUGGCAGCCUCCAAGACGUUGACGGAGAAGCCCAGUAAAGUGGUGGUGCCCUUGGCGUCGGAGGCGGAAGGGUCGGAGCUGACUGAGGAGUUACGAUUGGCCGUGGAGAGGAGAAAGUGUUCGCUCUGUGCUUUCCAGGCCUUCAGCAGGAAGAGCAUAGUCUCCCACUACAUCAAACGCCAUCCAGGAGUCUUCCCCAAACGGCAACACUCCAGCAAACUCGGACGCUACUUCACUGUACUCUAUGCCAAAGAACCGGAACCUAUCGAAGAGGUGAACAAAGUGGUGGAGGUUGAACCGAAGCCCGAGCCAGAGGGAGAGGUUGCCGAGUGGCUGCCGUUCAAGUGUCUAAAAUGCUUCCAGCUAUCCUUCAGCACGGUCGAUCUGCUCUCCAUGCACUACAACGACCAUCACAGUGGCAAGGACCUGAAGCGGGACUUCGUCAUCCACCCCAGCCUUACGGAGGAUGGGACGGAGACAGAGCUCUAUCAGUGUGCCCACUGUGAGCUGAAAUUCCUGGGCCUUCCUCUCCUCAGCACUCACCUGAUGAACCAUAACGAGGAGUUCCAGAAGAGGGCGAUGAGGCAGGAGAGGAGGAGGCAGCUCCUUAGCAAGCAGAAGGCAUCUGAGCCACCGGAGACAAAGGCUGAGAAGCUGGUGAACAAUGCUGACAAAGCUCCGAUCGGCUACAGGUGUAACUUCUGUGUGGAGGUCCACCCCACUCUCAGAGCCAUCUGUAACCACCUGAGGAAACACGUCCAGUACGGGGAGGUCAAGGAGGGCCAUGUCAAGCAGGAAGUCACAGAUGUACCAUUGUCCACCAUCCCGGGAGAGAACAGCAUCACCAACGGAGAGGUGGAAGAGGUGACCGACAAUUCCAUCAUGGAGACAUCCCCCAAGGACAUGACGAUGGUUGCCGGGGAUGCGGUUGCCAUAGAAACAACGGAGAUGUCAGUUGGAGAGGGGGUUGGGGUAGUGGCGCCCGUCGGCCAGCAGGUGAAGGAGAGGCUUGUUGGGGGACACCCGUGUGCUCAGUGCGACCGCGUCUUCAUGUCGAUGCAGGGGCUGAGGUCCCACGAGAGGAGCCACUCAGCCAUGGCCAUGUUCACCAGAGAGGACAAGUACAGCUGCCAGUAUUGCCAGUUCGUCUCCCCCUUCAGACACAAUCUGGACAGACACGUGCAGUCCCACCAUGGGCACCACAAGCCUUUCAGAUGCAAGCUCUGUCCCUUUAAGUCUGCCUACCUGAGUCGCCUGAAGAGUCACCUACACAAAGCACACGCAGGCGAGAACACCUAUAAGUGCUUGUCCUGCCCCUUCUCCUCAAUGACUAUCAGCCAGCUGAAGGAGCACUCUCUGAGGGACCAUGGGGAGGCCCUGACCCUCCCCAGGCUUCGUGCUGGCGCUACCACCCAGGGCCCCCAGACCAGGCCCCUCAGGCUGGGCUCAGACCCUCACCAGACACCCCUGACCUCUAACCUUGACGACGCUGGGUACCUGCAUGAGACGGCGGACGUACGGCAGCAGCUCAGUCACUAUCAGCUAGCAUCUCGUAGUCAUGUGACCUCCCCCACCGCCCCGGCCCAGGGCGCGACCUCCGACACGCGUCCGGAUGGCAUCCUGACCUGUGAGUUCUGUGAGUUCAGUUCGGGGUACAUGCAGAGCCUGCGCCGCCACUACAGAGACAGACACGGAGGGAAGAAGCUGUUCAAGUGCAAGGACUGCUCCUUCUUCACCUGCUCCAAGUCAGCAUUCACCAUGCAUGUGGAAGCAGGACACACCGUGGUUCUUGAGGAGGGUCACAAAGACCUGCGCUGUCCACUCUGUCUCUACCACACCAAAUACAAGAGCAAUAUGAUCGACCACAUUGUCCUGCACAGGGAGGAGCGCGUGGUACCCCUGGAGGUGUCCCGCUCCAAGCUGUCUCGCCACCUGGCGGGCGUGGUGUUCCGCUGCCACAAGUGCACCUUCACCUGCUCCAGCGACCAGAGCCUGCAGCUGCACAUCACCAAGCAUAACGAGAUGAAACCCUACCAGUGCCAGCUGUGUUACUACGACAGCAGGCAGCGUUACCAGCUGGAGGAACACCUCCGAGACGAGCACAAGGUGAUCCGUAACUUUGAGUCGAUGGGGCGGGUCAAUCUGGAUCAGCUGGAUGCUUUAAAGGAGAUUCGCAGUAACGCCGAGGAGGAAGAGGAGAGAGAGGAGGAAGGAACGGUCAUGGAAGAAGAGAUGAUGGAGGAGUGUAGAGAUGAAGAUCUAGAGGAGGAAGAGGAAGGGGGAGUGGCAGAAAAGCAUUUUCCUAAAGAUGUCCCUGUGGUUUCCCCUAGCAGCAGCAGUGUGUCUGCCUCCGCUGAGAAGCGUUUCCCCUGUGAAUUCUGUGGUCGUUGCUUCACCAACAACAUAGAGUGGGAACGCCACGUCCUCCGACACGGAAUGACUGUUACCAACAGCAGAACAACAGACACUAGCACCACUCCAGCAAUAGAAACCUCAGCUCAGCUUCUUAUUGGCUCGUUGGAUGUCGUGACAAUGACCGAUAGAGGGAUGGACCUAUCCAGCAACGGCAUGGAGGUGGAGAGAGGAUAUGCCUCUGACCUAUCACAGAGUAGUAAAAAUCAGAAUGAGGAAGACAAAGAAAUACUUGAGACCAAAAAUGACCUAUAGGAAGAGAUGGAAGAGAAGAGAACUGUGGCCUAACAUUGUAGUCACUGUGCUAGAGACCAUAACAUUAGGUUGUAUGGAUAUUGAUGUUGGGUUGGGUAUCAAAAAUAGGCUGCAAAAAAAAAAGAAGAUGUAAACAUAAAAAA